AUGCUGCUGCACUACAUUUUGGUGGCCCUCUGGGCUACUGUGGCCUACGCCAGAACUUUUUCUGAGGAUAUCUCAAACAUGCCGGAGCUGUCAGAGAUGUCUUCAUAUCUAAACCAGACGCCUGAAGCUAAGGAUGCGCUAGACAACCAGAAGAACGUUACUCUGCUUGCUCUUGAAAACAGUGCCUUCCGCGACUUUGUGGGCCAAGGCCAGGAAAAUGGCAAUGAGUCGUCAUCGAAUUCAAGCCUGAUCAGGGGUAUUUUCAGCUACCAGUUGGUGAAGGGAUUGCAUAACUCAGAACAGAUCACAACUACGCCGCAGUUUUCGCCAACGGAACUAAACGAUGAGGGCUUUACCAACGUUAGUUCCGGCCAGGUGGUUCAGCUUGUAGAGAAGGAUGGAAAGGACUACGCAAUCUCUGGGUUGAACGACAAUUCUACCAUAAUCAAGCCGGGUGUCGACGUUGAGAGCGGUGUGAUCCAUGUCAUUGAUCGCCCUUUGACUCUCCCUCAGAGCGUUACAGAUACACUUCAAGCUGCAAACCUCACCAGUUUCCAGGGUGCUGUGCAGCGCGGAAAUGCUGUCUCCAACGCCAAUGACGCAAAAGACAUUACCGUCUUCGCUCCGAGGAAUUUGGGAUUCCAGCGUAUUGGAUCCGCUUUCGAGAACAUUUCUACCGAAAACCUUGGGCGAAUUGCCAACUACCAUAUCGUCAGGGGUAAAGUGCUCUAUUCUCCAGAUUUGAACGAUGGAGACUAUCCAACAUACGCCGAUAAGGACUUGCAUAUUUCCAUGGUCGAUGGACGUGCCUAUGUCAACUCUGCUAGAGUUGAAUCUACCAACCUCCUUGUCAAUAAUGGUGUUAUCCAUGUUAUUUCAGAUGUCCUCAACCCCAACAAUGAUACCGCUAAGCCGGUUCCAGAUGCUGAUCCACCACCACCAGCGUUUGAAAAUGAGAACUCUACUAGCACCGACCCAUUGACAGAUGGAAUUCCCUCUCCUACUUCUGUGAUCCCUCUACCAGGCGUAACAAACAUUAGUGAGGGUGGAGGAGGCGGCGGCGGAGGCGGUGAAUCAAGUACCUCCCCAAGUCCAACGGCUACAGUAACAGAGACAGAAACCAGUGGAGGUGGCGGUGGUGGCGGUGGUGUGGGAGGUGGUCCAGGGCCGACUGCAACAACCACACCCCAGCCAGGAGCCGCCGCAACAGCGCCAGCUAAGGCUGGAUUAGCUGCUGCAGUUGGAUUAGGUGUUGUAUUGAUCAACGCAUAA